AUGGCUGAUACUGUGGCUCAACCCCACACCCCUAGGCUCCACCCCACACCCCCAGGCUCCACCCCCACAUCCCCAGGCUCCACCCCCACAUCCCCAGGCUCCACCCCUACACACCCAGGCUCCUCCCCCCACAUCCCCAGGCUCCACCCCACAUACCCAGGCUCCACCACCCACCCUCCAGGCUCCACCCCACACCCCCAGGCUCCACCCCCACAUCCCCAGGCUCCACCCCCCACAUCCCAGGCUCCACCCCCACAUCCCCAGGCUCCACCCCCACACCCCCAGGCUCCACCCCCACACCCCCAGGCUCCACCCCCACAUCCCCAGGCUCCACCCCCACAUCCCCACCUCCCACACCCUAAGGCUCCACCCCCACACCCCAAGGCUCCACCCCCCACACUCCCAGGCUCCACCUCCCACACCCCCAGGCUCCACCUCCACACUCCCAGGCUCCACCUCCACAUCCCCAGGCUCCUCCCCCUAUAUCCCCAGGCUCCACCCCCACACCCCCAGGCUCCACCCCCACACCCCCAGGCUCCACCCUCAACACCCCCAGGCUCCACCCCCCACACCCCUAGGCUCCACCCCUACACUCCCACGUGUCUCUACUCGCACCUCAAACUUUUCCUACCUAAGGCCAAUAAAACCUGGUCCAAUGUAGAUUCAUACUCUUACCUUACUCCCUUUAGAGUCUCUAGAAGCGGAAAGAAUUAG